AGAAAAACAAAAUUGCAGUAGUUGGCUAGUUGCCGUGUUAAGUGUCAUCUGAAACCAGUGUAUCACUGAAACAAAUCGUGCCCAUCAACUACCGGUGGUUGGAUUGAGGAAGGUUACAGAGCAUGUUAAUCAAACUCCAUUUAAUCAGGUUUGCCCUUUCCUUCACGUGCUUUCAACACGCGUGAGUACAUAGCGUUUCUUUGUUAACUGUCGUUAACAAAACUGUCGGUAGCGGGAUCCAAGAUCACCUCACAUGGUGAGAGAGAGAGCGAGAGCGAGCGCAAAUUCAAGACUAGUUAAAGAGCAAAUUCAAGACUAGUAAAGGUUGAAAGUAGCUGUGAAUUCAAGUCAUUUGAGUUUUAAGUUAUGGGUUCAUUGGUAGUCCAAGAUCAUUCAUCACCCACAAAACCCUCAAAACCCUACCUCAAAUCCAAGUCAACCCAUCUCUCAGAUCGCUUCUCUGAGUCCAAAUCCCUAGAUUUCUCCACAUGGGUAUCCGAAAACACCCCCAAGAUCUUCACUUUUGCCCUCCUAGCCCUCACCGUCGCCGCCUUCUUCUUCCUCCGCAAUGCUGCCAACCCCGCCGCCCUCCUCUGCCUUAAAACCCACCGCCCCAAGCACCCCGUAGAGCUCGAAUACCCUGAAAUCCACUACAAUUCAAUCCCACCCAUUGUAGACAAGUCCUCCCCUUAUACCUCCUUUACGUCAGAUCGAUGGGUUGUGGUUUCUGUCUCGGAUUACCCCUCCGAUUCGCUUCGUGCCCUUGUCAAGAUCAAGGGCUGGCAAGUGGUUGCGGUGGGUAAUUCGAGGACUCCCGCGGAUUGGGAGCUAAAGGGUGUGAUUUUCUUGUCAAUGGAAGAACAAGCUAAUCUAGGGUUUAGGGUUGUGGAUUACCUUCCUUAUGAGUCUUAUGUUAGGAAGAGUGUUGGGUACCUUUUCGCUAUCCAACACGGUGCCAAGCGGAUUUUUGAUGCUGAUGAUCGCGGGGUGGUUAUUGGUGGGGACCUUGGGAAGCAUUUUGAUUUGGAUUUGGAAGUGGUAGUGGGAAAGCAGCAAAGGGUCUUGCAGUAUAGUGAUUUGAAUGUGAAUCGAACGGUUGUGAAUCCCUACGUUCAUUUUGGGCAAAGGUCAGUUUGGCCUAGGGGAUUUCCACUAGAGAAUGUGGGUGAAGUAGGGCAUGAGGAGUUCUACACUGAAGUGAGUGGUGGAAAUCAAUACAUACAGCAGGGUAUAUCUAAUGGCCUACCGGAUGUUGAUUCGGUUUUCUAUUCCACUCGAAAGUCAGGUGGAGAAGCAUUUGAUAUCAGGUUUGAUGAGAAUGCCCCAAAAGUUGCUUUGCCCCAUGGUAUGAUGGUGCCAAUGAAUUCAUUCAAUACGAUGUUCCAUUAUAAUGCAUUUUGGGCUUUAAUGCUUCCUGUUUCUGUUAGUACUAUGGCUUCUGAUGUAAUUAGAGGUUACUGGGCACAAAGGCUUUUGUGGGAGAUUGGUGGCUUUUUUAUGGUUUAUCCUCCCACCAUUCAUAGAACUGAUGAUACAGAAUCAUACCCGUUUUCAGACGAGAAGGAUAUACAUGUAAAUGUGGGCCGUCUAGUUAAGUUUUUAGUUUCUUGGAAUUCUUCAAAGAACAUUUUGUGUGAGAGAAUUUUGGAGUUAAGUUAUUCAAUGGCUAAAGAGGGUUUUUGGAGCGAAAAGGAUGUGAGGUUCACGGCUGCUUGGAUUCACGAUUUGCUAGCUGUUGGGUAUUCAAUGCCGAGAUUGAUGGCGAUAGAUUUGCAUAGGGAAAGGGCAAGAAUUGGUGAUGGUGAUAGAAGGGAGUUCGUCCCCAGAAAAUUACCUUCAGUGCAUCUUGGGGUAGAGGAAUCGGGAACAGUGAAUUACGAAAUCGGGAAUUUGAUUCGGUGGAGGAGGAAUUUUGGGAAUGUUGUGCUCAUCAUGUUUGUUAGCGGGCCUGUGGAACGCAUGGCUUUGGAAUGGAGAUUGCUCUACGGAAGGGUAUUUAAAACUGUGGUUAUUCUCUCUGUGCAAGCUGAUGCAGACUUAGCCGUUGAGCAAAGCCAGUUCGAUCAAGUAUACAAAUAUUUGCCCAAGAUAUUUAACAGGUUUACUGGCACGGAAGGAUUCCUGUUCCUUCAGGACAAUACCAUUCUCAACUACUGGAAUUUGUUGCAAGCAGACAAAUCAAAGCUUUGGAUCACCAACAUGGUGCCACAGUCUUGGACUACUGUGCCAAUCACCAGCAACGACUCGUUUUGGAAUUCAAAACAAGCAGAUAUGGUGAAACAAGUGGUGGGCACAAUGCCAAUCCACUUUCAGCUCAACUAUAACGAUAAUGGCCCGCGCGAUGAGACCCUCACUGUAUGCAAUUCUGAGGUGUUCUACAUUCCUCGGCGAUUUGUGGACGACUUCAUUGAUCUGGUGGAUCUAGUUGGCAAUCUUGAAAUCCACCACAAGGUUGCAGUACCCAUGUUCUUUAGGGCUAUGGACUCAUUGCUGAAUUUUGAUUUGGUGCUCAAUACAAUGAUCUACGAGACUCAAACAAAAUCAAGUAACUCUUCAUUCUUAUAUUCUGCUCAAGUUCCGGCAGUGCACCCUUGGAGUGUUACUAGUGAACCAGAGUUCAUAAAAUUGAUAAGAGAUAUGGCAGCAGGGGACCCUCUUCUAAUGGAGCUGGUUUAGAGACAGAUGCAUUUGUUUAUACUACAAGGACAUAGGGAGAAAAAAUGAUAAAUUUUUUUCCUGUUUUUGUUCUUUUUGAUCUUUUGUAAUUUUAUAUUGUACUGGAAGUGAGAAAAACACUUCAUUUUUUUUCUUCCCUUUUAUCUUUCUUUCUGUAAAUUUGAUUCAUUGAUGGUGUAUCCAUCUUACAAAACAAAUGCACUGGAGUAUAUAUUAAUGUAAUGUUCGAAGGAGAGCAAAUUAUUUCCAAA